AUGGUGGAAGAAGACAAAGAUAAAACUGGAAAUGAUUUGUCGGCGUUAUUAGAUAGUGCAUUGAGUGAUUUCGGCCGCACACGUAACACGGAUGAUGAGAUAGACUCGUUGAUGAAUGCUAUGGACGAGCAUGCUGCACAGAAAGCGGCCCAAAAAUUUGAUGUAUUGAUGAAAAUGCAUCAAGAUGAAUACACUCGUUUGCAGCCAAGCGGUAGUUCAUCUGAAACCACUCGAAUGACUACUGAAGAAAGAAAAGCUGCCGAAAAUUUUCAAACUAUGCUCAAAGCACUGAUUGAUGCUGAGCAAAAAACAUUAACUGAGUAUCCACCUAAGGAAAAUGGCGAUAAUGAUUAUAAUCGAGCCAGUGCUGAAAAUUUUAUCGAGCGACUGAAAGCAAGUUUGAUCAUUAAUUCUAUUCUAGAGGAGUACUUCAUUUAUAUGCAUUAUAUAUAUUAUGUUGAGACUAUCAUGAAACUGGCUGAACAAGAUCCAGAAAAUCUAACAGAUGAGUCUCAAUAUGAAACAUUGAUGAGUCUUGUUCAAACAUUCUUUUCCAAGGAUUUGAUGUAUCCACCUUUGAAACAACUUUUGGAGAGAUUUCCGGAGUAUUUUGCUAACCAUACUGAGUUGGAUGCAGAUACGAAAGCUCGUUAUGAAAAGCAAAUAAAUGUCAUGGAACGUAUAUGUAGCGAAUAUGAAAAAGACGAAAGCGAAGAUUUUGAUGAAAUGAAACAAAGGUUCGAAGUAAUAACCUCAUUAAUGGUAGAAUUGCAGUCUUAUGGUUACCCUCCUGAAGAACUACUUGGAGAAGCACCUCCAGGUUGGGCUAGAGAUCCUGAGACUGGUAUGCCCAAAGUAGAUAAUGUCUCGAAGGCCGCCGAAGCUUGCUCACUUAUGUAA